CGGGGUGAGGAAAUCCGCGCACACUUAUUUUGUCGCAUGUUUGGUGACGUCCAGUAAUCGACUGGCUGUGAAGUCUCCGGGGCCGAGGCCUAAAGACUUUUUUUUUUUUAUUUUUGCAAACGCCCGCUGUUAAACUUGUGUGUGGAUGCCCGGAUUUUGGAGCCCGUUUUGACCGGGUGUGAACCGAUGAAGCACUUUACCCUGUGAUCGACGCAGAAACGGUCGGAAACGUUAGCCAGCUAGUUGAGGCUACCGCUAACUGCCAGCGAGGAAGUGAGGAACGAAAAAAAAAAAAAUGACAUCUCGGAGGUGGUUUCAUCCCAACAUCACAGGUGUGGAGGCUGAAAACCUCCUGCUGACUCGUGGAGUGGAUGGGAGCUUUUUGGCCAGACCCAGCAAGAGUAAUCCCGGAGACUUCACCCUCUCAGUACGGCGAAAUGGAGCUGUCACCCAUAUUAAGAUCCAGAACACAGGAGACUACUAUGACCUUUACGGUGGGGAGAAGUUUGCCACUCUUGCAGAGCUGGUGCAGUAUUACAUGGAACAUCAUGGGCAACUGAAGGAGAAAAAUGGAGAUGUUAUUGAGCUCAAGUAUCCACUCAACUGUGCUGAUCCCACCUCAGAAAGAUGGUUCCACGGACACUUGUCGGGCAGAGAGGCCGAGAAGCUGCUGACGGAGAAAGGGAAGAAUGGCAGCUUCCUGGUGAGGGAGAGCCAGAGCCAUCCAGGGGAUUUUGUCCUGUCAGUCCGUACAGGAGAUGACAAGACGGACAGCAGUGAUAGCAAACCCAAAGUCACUCAUGUCAUGAUCCGCUGCCAGCAUGACCUGAAGUACGACGUGGGCGGAGGCGAGAAGUUUGACUCUCUCACCGACUUGGUAGAGCACUACAAAAAGAACCCCAUGGUGGAAACUCUGGGCACCGUGCUUCAGCUAAAACAGCCCCUGAACACUACUCGUAUUAACGCAGCAGAGAUUGAAAGUCGAGUUAGGGAGCUGAGCAAACUAGCGGAGGCCACAGACAAGGUCAAACAAGGCUUCUGGGAAGAAUUUGAGACCUUGCAGCAACAAGAGUGCAAGCUGCUGUACAGUCGCAAAGAGGGCCAGAGGGCAGAGAACAAAAACAAGAACAGAUACAAGAACAUUCUGCCUUUCGACCACACGCGCGUGGUGCUGAAUGACGGGGACCUCAAUGAGCCGGGCUCUGACUACAUCAACGCCAAUAUCAUCAUGGUAGUAUCCGCUGUCAUGCCGGAGCUGGACCCAAAGUGUAACAGUACCAAGGUGAAGAAGAGCUACAUUGCCACUCAGGGCUGUCUGCAGAACACCAUCAGUGACUUCUGGAGGAUGGUGUUUCAGGAAAACUCUCGAGUCAUCGUCAUGACCACAAAAGAGGUGGAGAGAGGAAAGAGUAAGUGUGUGAAGUACUGGCCCGACGUUUCGGCUCUGAAGGAGUACGGCGCCAUGCGCGUUCGCAAUGUCAGAGAGACGGCUGCACACGACUACAUCUUAAGAGAGCUCAAACUGUCCAAAGUUGGGCAGGGCAACACAGAACGUACAGUUUGGCAGUACCACUUCAGGGCCUGGCCGGACCACGGAGUCCCCACUGACCCAGGCGGUGUCCUCGACUUCUUAGAGGAAGUCAACCUGAAACAGGAGAGCAUACUGGACGCCGGGCCUAUAGCGGUACACUGCAGUGCGGGGAUCGGCCGGACAGGAACGUUUAUAGUGAUCGACAUCCUGAUAGAUGUGAUCAGAGAAAAAGGGGUGGACUGCGACAUUGACGUACCAAAGACCAUCCAGAUGGUUCGUUCUCAGCGCUCUGGGAUGGUGCAGACAGAGGCGCAGUACAGAUUCAUCUACAUGGCCGUACAGCAUUACAUAGAAACACUGCAGAGACGCAUAGAGGAAGAACAGAAAAGUAAGAUAAAAGGGCGCGAGUACACCAACAUUAAGUACUCCUUGUCUGACCUGACCGGAGGAGAGCAGAGCCCUUUGCCUCCUUGCACUCCUAUUCCUACUCCCACCUGCACAGAGAUGAGGGAGGACAGCUCCCGAGUGUAUGAGAACGUGGGCCUGAUGCAGCAGCAGAAGACCUACAGAUGAGAUUCACCUUUGACCCCAGUGCUCUGUCAGUUCCAGGAUCUUGAUACCUGACAGUUUAUUUGCCAGCCACACCUUGACGCCUGAGACUUGACCGUAAUGACAUGGAACAAUGGAAAAAACAAAAACACACACACACACACACACACACACACAUAUACAUACACACACACACACACACACAAAAUCAAAAACGAGAGAGAGAAACCAGACACCAGGGUCGUCCUCCUCCUCUCGCUCAUUUUACAUGAACAUUUGCCCUCUAGUUGUUUUCUAAACCACUGUGAUCAUCAGAAGAGCCUUUGAGAAGCCUAACGCGCUGAAUCCCCAACUGAACCGCAGACCACAGUUUGGGUUUAGCCUUUGUAAAUCUCACCCCGACAAGGGCUGCGAGCAGCGAUCACUGUCCUCAGAGGGAAAACACCUAGCUAACCUUUGCUCAUCUCUCAUUUUUCUAGGUUUCCUUUUUUUUCUUUUUCUUUCUUUUUAAAUUAACCAAAGGAAAGUUAUGUAGGUUAUGUUGUGUAGAUGGAAGUGAGGGGAGUUUCCUGAGUAAGGUCUGUGCCAAAACCACAAACGAUUUUAUCCACAUUUCACAGCCAAUUAAAAGUCUCUAUUCGGCCUGAUAAGCCGGCAAAGCAGUGGGAGACGAGACCUUAUUUGUGGACAAUAGUGGGGCAAAAUUCCCAGCGAUUAUUGUCUAGUUUUCACUGUGUUAUAUAGCGUAAUGUUUCUGAAUGAUGAAGUAUUGGCAUUGUAGUGUAAUAUCAUAUUUACAGUUGACCUGUUGAUUCGUAAUCCACUGACUUCUAAACAUGAACUUUUUUUAUUGUUUUUUUGUUUUUGUUUUUGUGUGUGCCAGAACCGCCUUGAAGAGAAAUGUAAAUUCAGGCUGUUCGGAGUGUGAAUUAACCUUUUUUUUAUUUUCUAGUUCACAUGGGUUUAAUAUGCUUCUGUUGGGAAACAGUGUCUGUUAGUUAACCAUUCCUGAGCUCAAGCCGAAUGUCCUUAAUGCUGCACUUUUACUUAGCAGCAUAACAGUUACAGUCAAGCCUUGAUUCACCUGGUGGAUUUAUGAAUAAUCUAAUCUGGGGUUAGUACAGGGGGUUUUUUUUGGGGGGGGAAGGGGGGCACAAGUUUGAUUUUUGCCCCCCUUCAAGCCUGCACUUCUAUGUCAAAGUCAGUGUGAUGACGUAUUAAUAUUUCAGGGGAGUCUGUUGUGUAUCUCAGUUGCAGGCAUCGCCACAGAUGCACGGCUGCCGAAUCAAAAAAACUUUGUUUUUUAAGUUUUUUUUGUUUUGUUUGUUUUUUAAAGUGCAUAUUACUUUUUUUUCAUUCUUUCUUGUUCUUUUUUCAAGAAAAAAGCCUUUUGUGUACCAUUGCCUAUUUUGAGCACCACAUGUACUUAAGUUUAAGAGUCACUGUUUUAAAAAGCAAUCACACAUCUCUCAGCUUUGGCACUAUAGAUGGUCAUUGUUGUGGUUAUAGAUUGUUGGGCCUGUGAUAGUCAGCUGGAUUCAGUAUUUAAUACACACACACACACACACACACACACUCGCACACACACUCGCACAUGCACACACAAGUAUACAAGUUCCAAUAGGAGAGUAUUUUCUUGUUUUCUGUUAAUGUUAAUCAAACCAUUUAAAGGAAGACUCUAACAUCUUGGGAAUUUCACUCACACACCGAUCUCGUGUCUGAGCGCUAAAUAUGAAGCCGGCUAGCGGCUGGUUAGCUUAGCAUAAAGACUGAGAAAAAGAGGGGAAAACGGCUAUCCUGGCUCCGUCCAAAUGGGGACAGCAGGACUCUAGGAACUCUUCAUAAAAACACAACUCGAUGUUUUCAUAUUUCUGUUUUUUUUACGGAUUAAAGGAGCGAGAUAUAACGCAUUAAUUAGUGAGCUUUAGGGGUGGUGGUAAACAGAAAAAAAAAAAAGCCUCUAGAGGAUCGAUACCACUCUCAUGUUGUUUUUU